AUGACCGAAAUUAAACAAUACAAUAGUACAAUUUGCAAAUUGCUUUUAAGCAACAUUACCGAGUGCAACUUAAUUCUAGAAAAUGAUGCGAUUCAGGGCAAGCCUACGAGACCUCCGCGGGUCAAUGAUGUUGACACGGACCUAAUCUGGUGGCAUCAUCGGCUCUACCCAAUCGUCUUGUUUGGACUAGCGAUUUCUUUUAUCACCCUAUUUGUUUCAUUGUGUAUUUUCAUCAGUCUUCGUCGAUUGCAGAACACGCGCGUGAGAAUACACAUCAAUUUCUUUGCUGCAGUGGCACUGGAGUCAUUAGCUUGGCUAAUUCUACUUUCCAUUUUUGGAUACGAAACAUUUUUAAUCAGCAUCACCGAAGAUUUACAUAUUGACGAUGAUAUUUCGGUACUUUGCAGAGCCCUCAUGAUCUUUGGAAACUAUUUCGAGUUGAGCAGUUUCACGUGGGUUUCGAUGGAGAGUUGGUACUUUUUUAAUUUCAUCUGUAGGACUCCUUACAAAGGAUUGACAUCCAUAAAACCUCUACUGUUGCCUGGCUGGGGUGUCCCGUUAAUUAUCAUAACAACUUACGUAAUUAUUUAUGCAUCUGCGGUCGAUACGAAUUUCUGUUGGGUCGACGUCGAUAUAAAAAUGAACAUCGUGGCCAUACCAGUUUUCAUCAUGGUUUUGAUAAACGUUUGCUUGUUCUGCCUGAGCGUCAAAGUCCUGUUCUGCAAGCUCAACUGCAGCGUCACUCAUCAGAGACAAAAAAACUUUUGGAAAUGGUUUAAGUCAACACUCAUGCUGGUGCCAUUGUUCGGGGCUUACUACAUAUUUUUCAGCAUAGAGCCUUGGUUACAAGAUAAAUAUGUCAAAGCCUACUUCGUCAAUGCUCUGCAGAUCGUUUGCUCUUUCCACGGCUUUUUAAUAGCCACGUUGUAUUGCUUCAUGAAUAACGAGGUAAAAACCGAGAUCGCGAGGGCCUGGAACAAUUGGAGAUCCAAAAAGGAAAUAUAUUGCAAGCACUGCGAGCGCUUGCGAGAGAGGCGCAAAGUCGCGAAGAAAAACGAGCGCAGCGGCAGCAGCAGCGACAAGUCGGAGUCCGUAACUUUGAGCUUGAUAAAUAACGUGUAA